UAGAACGUAAACAAAAACACAAACCAGUCCGAGGCAAUACUCGACGUUGGUUUGUCGUAUCUCGCUGUCCGUAGUGUUUUCAUUUUAAUUUACACGAUUAUUUUUUGAAAUUCUUAUUGUUUAUUUUAUAAAUGUUUUUGUAAACAUUAACGUGUUUGAAAACAAUUUUUAGCUCGUGGUUGUGUGUGUAUUAUUUUUCAUCGCUAAACGUUGAUGAAGUCAACGUAUAAUUUUAUUCAAAGGUUUUCUGUGUUAUAACAACUCAAGUAUUACCAUGAAAUUCUGUAACCGACGAUAGCCAAAUCAACGCCGUGACGACGCACAGACAUUUAAUACAGUGUAUAUACACGCUCGUGCAGAGUUUCAGAUGAGUGUUCGACGAGACUUGUGAACAUCGAACAUGGCCUGUUCAGACUGCGGUGCAUUACUGUCGGCCGCCGCCGUCUUCGUCGCAGCAACACUUGUCAUCGGAUCGUCCGAGGCUUGGCAACAGAGCCAGUCAGCCAAGAGCAGUCUUAGAUAUGGAGCGUUCAACGCCGAUCAGAUAUUCAACGGGAACAAGUCGACGAAAAACUAUUUCAAAAUAUUACUUCAGGACCAGAAUACGGCGCUGAUUGGAUCCAGAAACGUGCUGUACAAUGUCAGUCUAGACACGAUGAGAGAAAACCAUAGGUACUAUUGGAGUUCGUCAGAAGCCAAUUACCAAAUGUGUCAGCUAAAAGGCAAAUCUGAGGACGAUUGUCAAAAUUACAUCAGAGUAGCUUUUAAAAAAAACAAUGAAGAGUUGUUUGUCUGCGGUACUAACGCUUUUCAUCCCAUGUGCAAAGUCUACAAUCUGACGGAUGGUACAAAUGGCCAAGAAGUAGACGGCCGGGGGAGAUGUCCUUACGAUCCUUUGCACAAUAGCACUGCUAUAUACACAGGCGGUCAAUUGUAUUCGGGCACUGUGGCCGAUUUCUCUGGUAGUGACCCUCUUAUUUACAAAGAUCCUAUGCGGACUGAAAGAUUGGAUUUUAAGCAGUUGAACGACCCGAACUUCGUGAGCUCGUUGGAGUAUAAGGACUAUGUAUUUUUCUUCUUCCGAGAGAUCGCUGUCGAGUACAUCAAUUGUGGAAAAGCCAUUUACUCGAGGGUAGCCAGAGUAUGUAAAAACGACAAAGGCGGUCCUCAUUCGUACAGGGACCGGUGGACGUCGUUUUUGAAGGCUAGACUCAAUUGUUCUAUUCCCGGAGAAUAUCCAUUUUACUUCGACGAGAUACAAAGUACAAGUGACAUCCUUAACACCGCUUUAACUGGCAUCACAGAUCCAAUCGUGUACGGAGUGUUCAACACUCCUGUGAACUCCAUCAGUGGAUCAGCUGUCUGUAUGUUCAAUAUUAGUGACGUCAUCGAAACAUUUAUGGGAUCCUUUAAAGAUCAAGAAGCUAUGGAUGCCAAUUGGUUACCCGUGAAAAAGGUACCUGAACCUCGACCUGGUAUGUGCGUGGAAGACAGCAGAACUCUACCGGAUGUGACAGUGAAUUUCGUCAAAAGUCACUCGCUUAUGGACUCCGCUGUACCUUCGUUGUUUUCUAUGCCAAUAUUUACCAGAAUAUCACAACAAUCUAGGCUUACAAGUAUAGUGGUUGAUAAUCAAGUGGCAGGUUUGAAAGGACAACAUUACGAUAUUCUUUUCAUGGGCACUGAUGAUGGACGUUUGAUCAAAGGAUCUCUGCAUACCAAUAAAGGAUCACCAGAGUUUAUUCCUGUAGAAGAAGUUAUUCUUAUACCCAACUCACCAGUUCGUUCAUUGAAUUUGAUAAAAUCGACAAGCAACAAGUCUGGAAGGAUAGUUGCAACUUUUGAUCAGGAUGUUGUAUCUAUUCCAUUGGAGCGUUGUAAUUUGAAAACUUCAUGCCAGGAAUGCAUAGAGUUACAAGAUCCUUACUGUGCCUGGGAUGGUUCUCACUGUGUUAAUCAAUUAGAGCCUCAAAAUUCAUUACCUGGUACUCUUAUUCAGUCAAUUGGCUCAAAUAUAGAUUCAGCAAUUUGUCCAAAAGAUAUCUCCGAUUUAAGAUCAUUACCAGCAUUAUCUGAUGAUACAAGUAAUAACAUUGACUCUAAUUUAGCAAGAUGCCCAUCUUGUGAACCAUGUUCAACAGAAAAUGUUAUUAACAAAGUUGUUACAAACGAUAUACCUGUCGUUGCAUUAGGAGAUGUUAUUGGUCUUAUUAUGAUGAUGGUAGUUUUAGCCACAUUAGUGAUUGGAUUUGCAGUUGGUUAUAUGUGCUCACGGCACUUUCGUCAUACAGACCCAUUCUCAGCCAUGGCUGUUCACACCCAUCACCAACUUAAUCGAUUGGCCGAUAUGAAUGCUUCAGCUGAGAUAGGCAAUGCACCAUUCUUGCCAUGUGCCAACAACAAGGCUCCAUUAAAUUUGUUGGUUAAUGUAACCAAAAGUAAGAAUGACACCUUGGAAAAGAACUUAGAUGCCUCCAUUGAAAACAAAACUUUACAAAAAGUUAAGAAAACUUAUAUAUAAGAACUAUUUGAAGUUGAUUUUAGCAAAAUCUUAAGGAGAACUCACUGACUGAUUUUGAACAUUUGUAUAUAGAAAAAGAUCUCGUAUAUAAUUAAAAUGGAUCAUUUUUGUAUAAAAGAACCCAUGAUGAGUCAUUUAUAUUCAACUGAUAAUCCACUGUAUAGCUGAUUACACUUGUUAUUGAUAACUAUCAUUGUAAUAAAAAUGUUUGAGUUCUCCUUAGUAUGAAUAUUAGUUUUCAAAUGAAUAUUCAUUAUAUACCGACCAAACGAUAUAUCAGAAAGUGUUUGCUUUUAUUAAUAUAUUAGAAAUUAUAAUAUUAAAAAAUUAUAUGGAGGCAGUUAACAUUGUCCUGCUACUUGUUGAAACUAUCAAAUAUUUAUUAAGUGUUUUGUUAAUUAUAAUUUAUGGACGAAAAAUCAAUUUCAAAGAUUGAAGGUAUCCUUAUUUUGAUUCAAAAAUUAUCUAUGUUGCUAGACAAUUUUUGAACAAAAUGAUCCACUUAAUGACCGGAUGUAAAUACAAAUUAUUUUAUGUAUAUUACCUAUUGUAUAGAAAUGUAUUAUUGUCAUUAAUUAUUUUUGUUAUGUUGACCUUAUUUUUUUGUAAGAAAACUUGAAAAAUGAUAUGUUUAAUAUAAACAUAACUUUUUUACUCAUUCUUCAUUCCAUUUACAAAAGAGAGUAUUUGACCUUUCAUGUUGUUGGAUUAAUUACAAUUUAUAUAACAGUAUUACUAAUUAUUAUAUUAAUUAUUUUUUAUUCUAAUUAUUUUAAAGCUAAAUUCAUAUUUGAAUUUCCGAAUAACGUUUAGUGCAAUUAUACACAAUUGCUCCAUCCUUUUGAUCUCUCAUGAAUAAAUUUUAUUGCCUAAAGUAAAAUUUGUAUUUGCUUCAAUUAUAAAUAACUAUUUUUAUUAUAAUAUGCAAAUCAGUACCAUGCAUUAUUACUUUUAUAUUAUUUGUUGACACAUAUGUUUUAUUAAAUUGUAUUUGAAGAACUUAAAGAUAAAAU